CGGAGGCAGGACCCGACCAACUUCCACACUCGCUACAGGAAAAGUCGGGAAAAUACAUCUGCAUCCGCAUGACGCUGUUUCUGUUGGCCUGCGUGUGGUUUUAAAGCCGGAGCGGAGCGCAUUACCGGGGCAGUAGUUUCCCGGAGCGUCGGGCAAGUUGUUGCCGCCAGUUGGCCGCUGUUAAGGGCGGUGUGGUAGCGUCGGGACGCUGUGCCGCUAUGGAGGACAUCUACUGAUCGGCUCUGGAAUUGUUUUUCUUGGAUUUUAUCCCCCGGUAAAGCGACCCGGUUUAUAUCCCGCAGAUAUUCUACCGGUUUCUGUGGCAGCGUGGAGUGGGAAUAUUUGGAUGAAAAAUGCCUGGGAGAACCAAGUACAACCUCGUUGAUGAUGGGCACGAUUUGAGGAUCCCAUUGCACAACGAGGAAGCAUUCCAGCAUGGGAUCAACUUCGAGGCAAAGUACAUUGGCAGUCUGGAUGUGGCGCGGCCAAGCAGCCGAGUGGAGAUUGUGGCUGCGAUGAGAAGAAUACGGUAUGAGUUCAAGGUGAAAAACAUCAAGAAGAAAAAAGUCAACAUCGUGGUGUCUGUGGAUGGUGUGAAAGUCACCUUGAGGAAAAAGAAGAAAAAGAAGGAGUGGACAUGGGAUGAGAGCAAAAUGAUGGUGAUGCAGGAUCCCAUUUACAGGAUCUUCUAUGUGUCUCAUGACUCCCAGGAUCUGAAGAUCUUCAGCUACAUUGCCAGAGAUGGACAGAGUAACGUGUUCCGCUGUAACGUCUUCAAGUCCAAGAAGAAGAGCCAGGCCAUGCGUAUCGUUCGGACAGUCGGCCAAGCGUUUGAAGUUUGUCACAAACUGAGUCUCCAACACACGCAGCAGAACACAGAUGGACAGGACGACCACCACAGCGAGAAGAACGGCAGCAACUCCUCCGUCGCAGGUGUGCGUGCUUAUCCACCUGUAUGUGUAUGUACUUUCCUGGGCUCAGCUCGGGAGCUAACAGGUGCAGAGAAGACGCCGACCGUCACUGAAGAGACUGACAUCGAUGCAGAGGAGGCGAACCAGGCACCGGCAGCAGAGGAUCUGAACCUCAACAGGGGAGUGACUGACCUGGACGCCACAGCCAAGACAGACCUGAACCACUCAGAAAACAAGUGCCUUGAGCAGGCUUCCCUGCUGUUGUCCAGCCCCAAGAUGCUGCUCCCAGCAUCAGGGAUGCUGCCACCCAGCGCCCCGCUGUCUGUGCACCACCAGAUCCAACUGCUCCAGCAGCAGCUCCAGCAGCAACAGCAGCAGACACAAGUGGCUGUGGCACAGGUCCAUCUCUUGAAGGACCAGCUGAGUGCGGAGGCCACGGCUCGGCUGGAGGCCCAGGCACGUGUCCACCAGCUGCUGCUCCAGAACAAAGACCUGCUGCAGCACAUCUCGCUGCUGGUUAAACAGAUCCAGGAGCUGGAGACCAAAAUGGCUGGACCAAAUUCCAUGGGUUCCCAGGACAGUUUGUUGGAGAUCACCUUCCGGUCUACAGUUCCCCCCGUGAUAUGUGACCCCACAACACCUAAACCCGAGGUGUCGACCCUCAACCUGACACACCUCGGCAACAGCGACGGGACCAGCAAUGCCUUUUCAUCAUCCAACGGGACUCUGGGAAGCCCACUAGGUAGGGACCAAUGUCUACUCAAACUGGAGUGUUUCCGUUUCCUCCCGGGACCCCCGGGGCCUCCACCUCCUCGACUCCCCUCACCUCCCCAACCGCUCAAGGUUAACAAGCCAGAGAUAAAAUGUCAAGACGUAUCAGAGGCUCCAGUAAAGUCAUUGUCCCGCGACAUUAAAUCUCUGAGUUGCCUGGAAUUCACAAGGUUUCGCGAGUCGGGUAUGCCUCUGAGUAUGGAGUCAAACACGGACGACAGCGAUGACAGGGAGGAUGAGGACGAGGAUGAUGAAGAUGAGGACGAGGAGGAGGAGGAGAUGGAGAUCUUUGGAUGGGGAACAGAUCAGGAGACAGUCAGGCUGCUUAAUGUUCUCAACAGACAGGGAACUCCCGACUGUCUGGGAGAUGAAAAUAGUGGUGUAACCCUUAACCUGGCCCCCUGA